AUGGCAAAACGACCGGACAGCGGCACGUCCCCUCAAAGCCAAACCGGACUGUCCCAGACCACAGGAGGACAAUGGCUGCGGGACUCGGUGCGCGGCGCAGAGGCACAAAGGCAGAGACCAGUGAACGUGAACGAGGAGCCGAAGAGCGAAGAGGAGCCGGAGCUCAAAGAGGAGCCGGGUGUUCAGAUGGACCGGUCCAGCCCUGAGCCCAGUGUGAAGGAGGAAACCCCAGAGACUCCACAGAUUAAAGAGGAAGCAGAGGAACAGAGCGCAAAAAACAAAGCUCCAAACAUUAUUAGUGAUCUGCAACGAGGAGGAGAGAAGAAACAUGAGUGUGCUGUUUGUAAGAAGAGGCUGUCGACUAAACGGCAAUUGAAAAGGCACAUUAGAGUUCACACAGGCGAGAAACCUUACAGCUGUUCAGUUUGCAAGAAAGCAUUUAGUCUCAAAGGUAAUCUCAAUGUGCACAUGAGAACUCACUCUGGAGAGAGGCCUUACAGCUGCUCGUACUGUGAAAAAAUAUUUAUAGACAACUCUACCCUUAAAAGACAUAUAAGGACCCACACAGGAGAAAAACCCUACAGCUGUUCAGUUUGUCAGAAAAUGUUCAAAGAGAAGUCUGCCCUCAGGAAACAUAAAAUAACCCACACAGGAGAAAAACCUUACAGCUGUUCAACGUGUGAGAAAGCAUUUCGGAGCAGUUCAGGUUUGAACAAGCACAUGAUGGUUCACACAGGAGAAAAACCUUACAGCUGUACAGUGUGCCACAAAGCAUUUGCUGAAAGGAGUAAACUCAAUGGACAUAUGCUGACACACACAGGGGAGAGACCUUACGGCUGUUCAGUUUGUAAGACAACCUUCGCCCGGCGUGACUAUCUGAAUGUUCACGUUAAAGCUCACACAGGGCUGAGCUGUUUAAUCUGUGAGAGAAACUUUAUGAAGAAGUGUGAUCUCAAAAGACACAUGAAAACGCACAUAGAAGAAAGACCUUACAGCUGUUCAGCACGUAAGAGAAUAAAAAACCCCAAACGUUCUUCAGACAGACGCGGGAGGCCUCACUCCAGGGAGAUGCCUUACAGCUGUUCAGUCUGUGGGAAAGUCAUUGGCCGGUUGUAUAAACUUAAAGCGCACAUGAAACGACACACGACGCCUCAGGAUGUGCGACUUUUAUCACCGUCUGACACAUGAGCCGCUGUCAAAGAGGGAGGACAAACCCAGGAACAUUUUAAUCUGUGAAGACUCUGUGCACCUGACGGACGACAGGUGUGUAGGAGGAGAGGCACCUGACUGAAAGGUUUUAAGACUCCCACAAACCGCCUCACUCUUGGUUCACUUUUAUUAAUCCUUCUGACCCAAUAAAAGCCACAAAGGAAUGGAAUGGGCUUCAGACAAUCUAAAGAACAGGACUGAUUUUUACAGCUUCUCAAGGGCCGUCAAAAAUUGGAUUCUGGAGCAUCAAACCUGCUCACACUAACAAGACCAGACGGGGAUUUUACCAUCAGGUGUUACCCUCGUGGGUGUCACCUGAUGGUCCCCAGAUUACCAACCUAUAGUGUCACUACAUUACAUAACAUUAUAUUACAUCACACAUUGCACUUUUAACUUAUAUUUAUUUGUAUAUUGUUCCUGUGUUAUAUUUCUUAUAUUUUAUAUUGUAUUUUUCACCUGUUCACGACAGACGGAAAUCCGCUUCGGCUCUAAUCUGGUGCAAAGCAUCUUUAAUGUUUUUUUUCACACUGUCCCUUCAAAUAAACUAAACUAAACUCAAGUUUCUGAACUAAACUAAAGAGAUGCCACAUUGGAGAGAGACCUUUCAGCUGAACAGUUUGUGAGAAAACUAAUCCAAACAGACGCUUCAUGUGAUCUGGGAAACACAGAAGAUCCCGCCUCCAACUCGGAAAAACGGGAAUGAACUCAACUCAAGUGGGAAGUGUUGGGACUGGAGGACAGUGGGGAUUUAGUUUUAUUUUUAUUUAGUUUUAUUUUACACUGAUGUUUAUUUAAACCCAUUUAAGCCAAAAGAAUGUUUAUUUUUUUGUGGAAAGUUCUGGAUGUGCCUCUGUCUUUGAAAUAAAAGCUCUUUACUUUU